GCCCCGCCGUCGCAGCCCGGCCCUCGGCGCGUCGCGCGGGGGCGGGGCGCGCGCACGUGAGGACGUCCGGGAGCGCGCGCGCCGCCGCCGAGCUGGGCCAGAGUUGCCUGCGACGGGGUCUGAAGGUGAUGGCUCCCACCGAAGGCCUCGAGACGGCGUUUCCCGCUGUUCCUGCCGUCGCUGCUUGGGCCUUGGUCCGCUCAUCGUCAUGAGAGGAGACAGUGCCCUGAAGCAAAGAAACCACAGAACAAGUAUUCAAGGGCCAUGCAAGCCAACUGUAGUCAACUGCACAGCCCUGCAGGAGCUGCAGGCGGUGAGAAUGCCUCAGCCUCCCAAUGUGUCCAAACAAGACUGACAGGAGAAGCUUCCUGUCUUUAUUCUGGAGAUGUUCAUAUCCAGAUAAGCUCCCUACCUAAAGAAUGUGCUGAAAAUCCAGGCUCCAGAAAUACAAGGUCAGGUGUCCACAGCUGUACGCAUGGAUGUGUACAUAGUCGCUUACGGAGCCACUCCCACAAUGAAGCCAGGCAGUCUGAUGAUAGCGACACGGAGUAUGGAGAUCAUGGUAGCAGCUCCUUCUCAGAAUUCCGGUAUCUCUUCAAGUGGUUGCAGAAGAGUCUUCCAUAUAUUUUGAUUCUGGGUGUCAAACUUGUUAUGCAGCAUAUAACAGGAAUUUCUCUUGGAAUUGGGCUGCUUACAACUUUUAUAUAUGCAAACAAAAGCAUUGUAAAUCAGGUUUUUCUAAGAGAAAGGUGCUCAAAGAUUCAGUGUGCUUGGUUACUGGUAUUCUUAGCAGGAUCUUCUGUUCUUUUAUAUUACACCUUUCAUUCUCAGUCACUUUAUUACAGCUUAAUUUUUUUAAAUCCUACUUUGGACUAUUCAAGCUUCUGGGAAGUACUUUGGGUUGUUGGAAUUACAGACUUCAUUCUGAAAUUCUUCUUCAUGGGCUUAAAAUGCCUUAUUUUAUUGGUGCCUUCUUUCAUCAUGCCUUUUAAAUCCAAGGGUUAUUGGUAUAUGCUUUUAGAAGAAUUAUGUCAGUAUUACCGAACUUUUGUUCCCAUACCAGUUUGGUUUCGUUACCUUACGAGCUGUGGGGAGUUUGAUAAUGUAACUAGAUGGAGUCUUGGGAUAUUGCUGGCUUUACUCUACCUCAUACUAAAACUUCUGGACUUUUUUGGACACCUGAGAACUUUCAGACGGGUUUUGCGAAUAUUUGUUACACGACCAAGUUACGGAGUCCCUGCCAGCAAGAGACAGUGUUCAGACGUGGAUGAUAUUUGUUCAAUAUGUCAAGCUGAAUUUCAAAAGCCAAUUCUUCUCAUCUGUCAGCAUAUAUUUUGUGAAGAGUGCAUCACCUUGUGGUUUAACAGAGAGAAGACCUGUCCGCUGUGCAGAACUGUGAUCUCAGACCAUAUAAACAAGUGGAAAGAUGGCGCCACUUCAUCACACCUUCAGAUAUACUAGGUUUUCAACUUAAUACUAAGGCCACAAAACACUAAUUUUAUUUGGUUACAGUGACUACUGGUAAAGACAUUAGAAUGGAUUUUCAGGGCUGGAAGUUAAGGAAAAUAUUCCCAAAUGGUUUUAGAGUAUUAUAGUUAGGUGUGUAGUCCAGUUUAUCAAAAUAUGAAAUGAAAGAUGAUAUAUUAUGUAAGUAAUGUUCAGCCUAAUGCAUAUGCAGCAUUUAUUCUGUCCUUAUUUGACCUAUGAUGACAGUGUUACAUUGUAAAUGUGUUUUCUUGUUAAUGUUACCAAAAUGACAACUAGUGGUUUUAGAGGAAUUCAGGUAUUCUUUCCAGACACUGUUUUCAGAAUAAAGAGUAUUUUUCAUAAUAUUUUAAGAUACACAUUACCUGAAAGUAGAAUUUUCUUUAGCAUUGACUUUUAUAAUUCUCAUUCUAAAAAUCCUAAAUUUUUUCCUAAAACUUAUAUUUUUAAAUGAAAGCUAUAAAUGCUAUAUUUUACCUGCACAAUCAGAAUUUUCUAAGGAAGACUAAUUUACGGAGGAUGAAAUAUUUUAGUAUUGUGUUAUUCUCUUCCCCACGUAUGAUUAGCAGUCAUUGAGAAUAAAUGACAAAUUCCUUUUCUUUUUGGACAUAAUACAAUCUUGCCCUCAGCUUUAAUGUUCAUGAUUUUGCUUUUUGUAUAGUGCCAUGGACUUUCUAGAAUUAACUAUUAAAAUAAUUCACAUGAAUUACAUACA